AUGUUUUACCAAAAUAUACAGGAGUUGUUUGGUGCAGCAAGUGAAACAUCUUCAACAACAAUAGAAUGGGUAUUCUCUGAAUUAUUAAAGAACCAUAAAGUAAUGGAAAGGGCUCAAAAUGAGGUAAGACAAGUAUUCCAAGGAAAAGAUUUGAUGAUGAUUGACCAAGCAAGUAUAGACAAACUCGAGUACUUGAAAUUUGUAAUCAAAGAAACCCUAAGACUUCAUCCUCCUUUUCCUUGUUUAAUCCCAAGAGAAUCUAUGGAUCGAUGUGAAAUUAAAGGUUAUAUAAUACCUCCAAAAACUCGGAUUUUCAUUAACGCAUGGGCUAUUGGAAGAGAUUCUGAAUACUGGGAAGAUCCUGAAAAGUUUAAUCCCGAAAGAUUUGAAGAUUCUUCGAUAGAUUACAAAGGGACUCAUUUUGAAUUAAUCCCGUUUGGUGCAGGAAGAAGGAUAUGCCCCGGAAUGGGACUAGGUAUAGCCACGAUUGAGCUCGUGCUAGCCAUGUUAUUGUACCAUUUUGAUUGGGAAUUGCCAUAUGGGAGUAAACCAAAAGAUUUGGACAUGGAUGAAACAUUUGGGAUAGUAGGAAGAAAGAAAGUUGAUUUGCAAGUGAUUCCCUCACUUUAUUAUCUCUCAGGUUUCAAAUGAUCGAUACCUAUUUUGAUGCAAAAGUGAACAAAAAUUGUGAGUGAAUGCGUGUAAUUAAUUCAUGAGUGCAACUUAAUUUCCUAGCAUUUAUUUGUUGUCAUUUUAUUAUAUUUUGAUUGAACGAAGAGUUGUAAUAAAAUAUGGCUUAAUGAAUACUAGUAUA